AUAAGGGAACCGCCGGGCCUCGCGAGCCGCCAGAAGAGAAUGGAGCAAGACAGUCGUGCUGAGACUAAGAGCCGCGGCGGUUCACGAAGCCGCGAAUUCGAACGAAACUAAGUAUUGCCAUUCACGUGACAGACGCGCGAUCAGCCGACCUCUCUUCUUCCGUUUUCUUAAUGAUUCAAUCGCGCGAUCCGACAAACAGAUUUCCUAUGCCCUGUCGCCAGUGUCUGUCUCGCGCGCGUUCGAUUUCUUUUGAUCUUAGGCCGUAAAAUUAAUCGUCAAUAGGUAAUUCCGCGAAACAUUCUGUAUUUCAAGUUAGAAUUGUGCAUUCCUAUUUAUUAUUCGGCGAACAGUUUAAUCGCGAUAUGAGUCGAUAGAACGUGUUGUAAAGCGGAAAACAAUAGCGGAAUUGUAGCGGAGGAUAUUUUAGCUGAUUCGCGACAAAUGCUUAUAGUAUGACGUCAAAUGCGAUUAGAGGCAUUAGAAGAAAGAAGAGUUCGUUGUGCGAAGUUAAGGUAGCUGUGAUAGGAGCUCCAGGAGUCGGCAAAAGCGCAUUGACAGUGAGAUUUCUGACGAGGAGAUACAUCGGGGAAUACGAUCAUCAAUCAGAAACUAGAUACAAGCAUGAGGUGCUAGUAGAUGGAGAGCCAAUUCUUUUUGAGAUUUUAGACACAUGUCCGAAGAGUGAAGAUGAGCUACCAUCUAUGGAAACUUUACAAUGGGCGGACGGUUUGCUGUUGGUCUAUUCGAUAACAGACAGAAACUCUUUUAAUUUUGUCAGAAAGGCAAAAGAAGCUCUCGCAGUAGCCGAUCCCGAAGCUGCGAUGCCCCUUGCCCUUGUUGGAAACAAAGCUGAUAUGGUUCAUUUGCGACAAGUCAGUGCUGAGGAGGGAGAGAUAUUAGCGAAGGAUUUCGAAUGCUGGUUUAGCGAAAUAACUGCAGCUGAACAGGUUGCUCAGGUUGCGGAAUCUUUCCACGAAUUAUGCAGAGAGGUUCUCGCAGCUAGAAGAAGAAACAAACAAUCAUUGCUGGACAGAAUGCUCGGCGGUAAAGCGACCCGUGCUUAUUCACGAGGAAAGAGCGACUCUGCUUUACCGAAGGAUUAAUAUUGCUAUUCGAAGUAAAUGCUUAUUACAAUACAAGAAGAAAGGAAUCUUUCAGAAUAAAAAAUUGAAAUGUAAGAAAAAAAAUAGGACAUUCAAAGAAAUACGAUUGUUUAUUUAUACAAUGAGAGUAAGGCGAAGCAACAAAUGCCAAAGAAAAUGUCAGUUUUUAAUUUAUAGAAUGUAAUAAGAUUUACAUAUCACACAAAUAGAUAUAAAAAUUUUUAUAAUAUAUCUUCGUGAUAUAAGAACUACUUAAAUCAUAACUUAUGACUUCAAAAUGUAUUAGAAAGUUUAGUUGAAGGAAAAAUGUAAUAUAGAAAGAUGAAUUGUUUUUAAUAUAGUUUUGUAUUUUCCUUAUACCACAAAAAAAUAGUAAUAUAUUUUGUAAUUUUUCUACUGUUCCACGAAAUUAAGCAGUUUCUUAGACCUAAAAAGGCUGAUUGCGAGUGUGUGUACAACAUGUAUAGUUUAUAUAAGUGUUCAUGUAAGUGUUGCAACUCACACAAUUCUAUAUUUAUUUUGUACUUACAAUGUGAAACGACAAUAAAUGUUUUACUUAUUUA